AUGUGAGGCUGGCGAGCUGGCCAGCUCUCGCAGCACCGGUGGGGUCGCGGUGCAUAGGCGAGUAGCAGACCAAGGGGAGCUCGGGAGCGGAGUUGGACAACCCCGGAAGGAAGAAAUGAGGUAGCGACCGUCCCCGGAGCGGACCAUGCGCGCGCCCCGCCCUUGGAGCCCGGUGCUUACCCGGCAGAACCUGCCCGGACAGUGAGCCGGCCGAGCGCGAGUCCCCCGCCUCCGAUCGGAGCCAAGAUGCAGUGAGAGCCACGGCGGGAGUGCUGCGCGGGGCCCUCCGCGGCCAGCGGGACCCACCAUCUGACCGCGCUUGCGGCAAGCAGCUGUUUCUGGGACCAGCCCAGCGGAGAGGCUCUCCGCUUCCAGCACCCCUUGGCCCCUAGGCUCACUUGCUGUUGAGUUUCCGAGGUUUCUCGCCCCAGCCCUGGGAAUUUUGUGUGUGUGAGAAGGGGGCCCUUCGCAUAUUUGCCGAGGAGUUCCUGCAUUAUUUUCGCACUAUCUCGGCUGCUUUUGCUUCGGGGUCCCUCUAUUUAUUUUCAGAGGCGCAUCUUUUUUUGUUGUUGUUGUUUCCUAAAGAUAUUUUCCACACAACUCUCAUUCGGUCUUUUUCUCAUUUUGCUUGCCUAAGACUCUGCCUCUGUCCCUGCCCAGGCUGGGGUAAAUCCUGUGUGCGCUUUUUUCCACACUCGCAGCCGAAUAUUUUCUGACCUUUAAAAAAAUUCUACCCCUAACCCCUGCAGGGCUCCCGAGCACUACACCCCUCUCCUGCCUCCCCACCCCCCAUUCCCUACCACUGGGCCACUCCCAGCAGAGUUUUAUUUUUCGGUCUUGCCCGGGCCGACCCCGGCCUAGGCGGGUGGCUCAGCGGGGCUCACACCCGGUGCUCCGCCGCCGCCGCCGCCCAGCUGCGCGGGGGCGCCCUCCGGAGAUGCUGCCGUGGAAGAAACACAAGUUCGAGCUGCUGGCCGAGGCGCCGCCAAGGCAGGCGUCCAAGCCCAAGCACUACGCGGUGAGCCUGCACUACUCAGCGCUCAGCUCACUGGCGCGGGCGUGCCCCGAAGGCGCGCUUAGCCGAGUGGGCAGCAUGUUCCGCUCCAAGCGAAAGAAGCUGCACAUCACCAGCGAGGACCCCACUUACACUGUGCUCUACCUGGGCAAUGCCACCACCAUCCAGGCACGGGGUGACGGCUGUACCGACCUAGCGGUGGGCAAGAUCUGGAGCAAGAGCGAGGCAGGCCGUCAGGGCACCAAGAUGAAGCUGACUGUGAGCGCGCAGGGUAUCCGCAUGGUGCACGCCGAGGAGCGCGCGAUGCGCCGUCCGGGCCACCUCUACCUGCUGCACCGCGUUACCUAUUGCGUGGCGGACGCGCGGCUGCCCAAGGUCUUCGCCUGGGUGUACCGGCACGAGCUCAAGCACAAGGCGGUAAUGCUGCGAUGCCACGCGGUGCUAGUGUCGAAGCCCGAAAAGGCACAGGCCAUGGCCCUGCUGCUCUACCAAACCUCGGCCAACGCACUGGCGGAAUUUAAACGGCUUAAGCGGCGGGACGACGCGCGUCACCAGCAGCAGGAGCUGGUGGGCGCGCACACCAUCCCAUUAGUGCCGCUGCGCAAGCUGCUCCUGCACGGACCUUGCUGCUACAAGCCGCCGGUGGAGCGCAGCCGCAGCGCUCCCAAGCUCGGCUCCAUCACUGAGGACCUGGUCGGCGAACAGCAGGAGCAGGAGCUUCAGGAAGAAGAGGAAGAGGAGCAGAACGAGGGCUAUCUGGACGACGAGGAAGAGGAGGAGGAGGAGGAGGAGGAGGAGGAGGAUGACCGUGUCAGGGAGGGGGUCCCGGCAGAAGAGGUCGAGGAGCAGCGGGCCCUGAUGGUGGCCAUGCACUUUGAAUGCGGGGACUUGCUGGACACAUUGGAGAGUGGCAGGGAGGAGGCGCUGGGGGGUGGCGGGGUGUCGCUGAGCCCCGGGGCUGGGCCGCCACCUUUGCUGCUGGGCAGUUCCUCCGACGUGAAGGCGGAGCUGUCGCAGGUUAUUAACGACCUGGGCGAGCUCAGCUUCGGCAACGACGUGCGAAGCCUGCAGGCCGACUUGCGUGUGACGCGCCUGCUGUCUGGUGAAAGCACCGGCAGCGAGAGUUCCAUAGAAGGCGGGGGCCCAGACGCCACCCCUGCCACCGCCAGGGACCAGUCCGGCCCUACGGACCGCGCCAACCCAGAUGAGCCGAACUCGGGCUGAGCUCCCCGCCACUUUCUGCGCGCGCCCUGGCGCCGCGGCAUGACCCCCCGCGUCUCUCGACCGCCUCCUGACCCCACCCGCCGCCCGGCCCCAGCUCGCGCCCAGGAAAGGGGAAAUGGACACUUAAGGCGAACAUAUUUGGCUCAGUUUUAAGUGGAGCUCAGGCUGCCUGUGGAGAUUGGGUGGGAUGUGCAGGGGUGGGGACCCUACAAGGAAGGAGCGAGGCAGCCCUCCGGGGUCCCGGGUGAGGGAAAUGCCCGCUGAAUUUAGCAAAGCCCCGCAGGCGUCAGGUGCCUGCCGGCCAGUUUCCUGUUUGUGGGGCAGCUGGGGCCUCGGGAGGAGGGGUUAACUUCCUCCCCAUCCCUCUCACUGAGAGCAGGCUCGCAUUGUCACUGGCAUGUUAUUUAAAAGGAAAGGGAAUUUACUCACAAGGUUUGAGGCUUUAGUGCCCCCCUCUUAGCCCCCAGUCUUUUGGUGCGAGUGCUUGGGUUGUUUACCUCAGACUAAGACCCUUGAAAUUCUGCCAAAUUCCUCAGAUAAUUGUUUGGUGGGGGUGGGGUGGGGAGGGAAAGGAAAGAAAGUUGUAUUUUGUUUACAGUUAAAGACAUCUAAUAUCUAAAAAAGGAGUUUUCCUUUAGAAACACACACCUUCCUUCUGCUCAAAAGAUCUCACUCCAUGAUACUGUGUAAAAAUAUUUUUGCACUGUUGUGAAGUAUUUUUGACAUCUUUGUUUUUGUACAUAACUGUGUUCUCAAGAGCUGGAUGUUUAUAUCUUUUGCUGUGCAAAAGGGACAUGUAAAAUGUUGUUCAGUUGUAUAUACAGAAGUGUGUAUAAAACAUUUUGUUAUUUUUGAAGAGUAGCACUACUCUGGUUCUGUUUGCCCGCCCGUGGGGAGAGAAUAAAGAGGAAAAUUGAACAGAUCAGGCGAACGUCUGGAAGUGCUGCUGAGAGCGCGCGGCCGUGCGAUGGUGUGGUCAGUGCGUGGUCUCUGCCUUGCUCUGA